UUCAAUUUGGUUUCCAAAACCCAUCACCAAAUGCGUACCCAGCGAUGUUGCUAGAGGCAAUUGUCUGGUUUGCUUAUGCAAUACCGAUGGAAUAUUCGUCUGUCGACCUGUCAAGUGUGUAAAACCUGAAAAACCAGCACUAAUUGGAAAAGAAUGCAAGCCAAACAUGACGUACAAGAAAGAUCACACAAUCUGCAAAUGUUCCAACAAAUCACGAUGGAUCGCAGAAAACUGUAGGAAAAUCUUCAGCACACUUCAUAGCGAUAAAGCCCUUAUAUUCAGCUACUUAAAGACCAACGUCACUUGCAAACCUAAUAAGCUAUAUUUAAUGGAUUGCAACAUAUGCCUAUGUCAUAGUUCGGGCUUCAUUCAAGGUUCAUUAUGCACAAAUCGCAAUUGUAAAAUUGGUAGUAAAGCUGACACCUGCAAAUUUGGGGAUGUCUUACGUACACGAGACGAAAUCUGUGUAUGUAGCGACGUGAAUUAUUACAUCGAUACAUUGUGCACUAAAAUAAAUAAAGAAUUGAUUCAAGAAUUAAAAACGGAUAAAGUGAAAGCAAUAACGAAUAUGAAAUACACUGCUAAUGAUAAAUGUACUCCACACAGAGAGUAUUAUAAUGAUUGCAACCAUUGCAUUUGCGAUGAUAAUAGAAAAAUGGUUUGUACGAUGAAAAACUGUGAAGUAAAACCAAAUAUAAGGAGCGCUAAUGAUAUAAAUACUGAGUUACCAGAAGUUGAAAAUGAGAACGAAACGUGUAUACCUGGUCAGAAAUAUAGAUUGAAAUGUAACACGUGUUUGUGUACUCCUGAUAAAGAAUUGACCUGUACUACAAUGAUUUGUCUGGGAGAUUAUAUAUUGGACGGUUUAGCUUUGAACAGGAGCUUAAUGUUAAAAGAUACUUUAGAAGUAGGAAAAUAA